GCGGAGUCAGUCCCUGUGUUCGUCGACGCCAGACAUCGCCGUUCGGAGUAUCGAGCUGCAUCUGUGUUUCUUUCGAACCUACCCUUUGUUGCCAUCCUGAAAGAAACCCAUACGAAUGUGGUAGAGGCCUCAGCGAGGCCUUUAGAUCGACAUGGCAACCGCGUCUCCUCCGGAGAAAUUGAAACCCCGGAUAAGGGCAUUCAAGGCAUGCCAACGUUGCAAUCACAGGAAGGUAAAAUGCGAUGCCGCUCAGACUGGUUUGCCGUGCACUCGCUGUAAGGUCGACGGAAUUCAAGACUGUGCAUUCAUCUCUUCCCGUCGAGGCACUUAUGAUCGCUGGCGGUCGCUAAAACCGCAGUCCCGGACACCUCAAGCAAUGUCCACGACAGACUCCCGCCUUGAAAGUGUAUCGCCUGAACGAGAUAGCCUUGGGGGCUCGGCAACGAGACAAGCUGCGAACAAUGGCCUUCCAACUGCUCCGAGAAGCAAUGCUUUGGCGGUGGGCUUCGAAAACUUCCUGAGGCAGGGCGACUCAGACGUGGAGGGACUGGUCGGCAAAUAUGGACUCGUCUUACUGGGGGACUCCUCUCCACUGACCUUUGCACUCAAGGAGCUGCAGCCUGACAAGAGGGACAGGCGGAGCAGUGGCUCCUCGGAGGCCAUCAACAGCAACCAGGCUUCAAGCCCCCGUCGAUCAGGUCACCCCUCACACCUAUCAGCCGCUGAUCUGACCUAUAUGCAAGCGAAAGGCGCCCUGACUGCACCGAGCACUGAAUGCCUGACUGCGUUGAUCCAGGCGUUCAUUGACAAAUUCUACCCGCUGUGCUCCAUCGUGGAUAGGUCUGAGUUUAUGCGACAACACCAAUCCCGAAACCUGCCGUGGAUCCUUCUACAAGCGGCCUGCCUCAUCGGCGCCACAUACUGCGAUGCAAACGUACUCAAGAAGGCCGGCUUCAGGUCCAGACAGGCUGCACGACGCUUCUUCUAUGAUAAAGCCAAGGUGUUGUACGAUGUAGGCUACGAAACCAACAGUGUCGUCCUGUUGCAAGCUAUCGUCAUGCUCACCUUUUGGGGACCAGACAUGAAGGGUUAUUGGAACCCUUGCUCGUGGAUCGGCGUUGCAGUCACUAUAGCCGAGUCAUUGGGCAUUCACCGUUCAGCAGGCUAUUCUACCUUGCACAAAGAUAAAGGCUUGCUGAGAAGAUUGUGGUGGACCAUUGCAGUGCGAGACGCAUACUGCGGAACUCUCCUCGGCCGGCCAUUCAGAGUCAAUAUGAGUCACUCUGAUGCACCGAUGCUGACCAACGACGACUUUGGUCCGGAUGGCGAUACAUCUACUGGCUCUGAUGACCCAUCCCAGCUCUACAUGCAAUAUCAGAUCCAUUUUGCAAAGCUGUCUCUCAUCUUACGACGCAUUGUCAACACACGCUUCAACAUCGGCCUCGACUCGACCACGCCUGAGACUCUCAGGGACUUACUGGUUCAAUGGCGGUUCGAUGUGCCUUCGUCAAUCAACUGGCCAGACUAUGGCGUCUCAACUUCGAUUUUUGCAGAAUGCCUCAAGAUCUUGUACCACCAUCAUCUAAUUCUCAUUUAUCUUCCACGUGGAGACUCACCAAAUAUCUCCACUGCUGGAUUGGCCGACGCAGAGGCUCCGACGUCCGAGAUUGCCGAGUCCGCGGCUCAAACCAUAGCCUCAACAUCGCUUAAUUUGAUGACGAGGUCUAUGGUGCAUUCUCUCCCGCAGGAAGUAUUCCCAGCCUUUUUCGUCGCUGGGAUCGUUUUCUUCCGGCUUAUACGCAGGUCGCAGCCCCUGAUCGCUCAACUGGGCCAAGCCGCCCUGGACAAUUGCCAGAUAGUCCUCAACGAAGUGCAAGAUUGCUGGGAACCCGCCUUUUGGGGCAUGAGGAUCUUCGAAUUCCUUCUUGCUGGGCUCAAGAAGAAUGCCAGAUCGGAGACUGCCACAGCCGAAAGACAGGACAUCAUCACGUCGCUGAGCAAGGGUGUAGAUUUGGGGACGGAUCAGUUAACAGAGAACUCCGCCAGCACUCAUGACAGCUUCGCCUUGCACAAUACCUUCGAAAUGGGUCCGGCGAUCCACAAUCUUCGAAAAGCGGCUCAGCAGGAUACAGCCUUGACAACGCAGCUAUUUGAUCGAUUUCUGGACCCGGCCAACUAUCUCAUCAUGCCAACAUCUUUGGGAGGUGAUCAGGAAACCUUUGAUUUUGAAAUGGCGGAAUGGUGAUCCAUGAUUAACGCGCCUUGAAAAUUCGAUUCUUAGUGCGGUACUGGGACAACGGCCCCGACCAUGGUGCAUCUACCAGCAACUCAGAAGUUCGCCAGUUGUACAGGAUCUCACUCGGCGAGUAUCUCGUCUAGAGCAAGGCUGUGCAAGCUAUUGCAUCUGCACGCGAACACAUCUGAGCACCCCCAUGCGCGUACAGCACGUUCCUCCCAGUAUAGUUUUUGAUCCUGCUUGCAAAUUGAAAUCUGGGUGAUAAAACUCGAUAAUUUGUGGGCUGGCAGUACUGUCAACAUGUAAAGUGGAUUGAUGUGCGACGGAGCCAUUGGUGAUGUAAUAUUACUCUUAAGAAUGCACUUGGCGGCCCAACUGGGUUUGCGCCGAGUAGUAAGCCAUACGAAGACCGAAGGAGGGUGAUCUUUCGAGUAUCAAGAGGAAGCGUAGGAUUCGCAGUGACGAGGCUGAAAAGGACAGAAGGGCGCGAGAGAGUAGUACGUCACGUUUUGGUGAAUGUCGUCUCGAUGAUUUGAUCCUUCUUGGGCCCACGGACCUCAUGCAUCAUACUCCAGGAUGAGAGUCGGUCCGUGGUAUGGUCUGUGGCCGACAUCUCGAAGACGUAAGAGCUGCUGUAGUAGUCCUCGACGCAGAGGUGUCCCCCUUGACCGCGAAGAACUAUAUCGUGUUCAGAAUUGGAGCCGUCGUGGUCGUCGAGAACCAUAUCAACCUUGUGGAACAGAUAGUCAAUCUUAUCGGUGC